AUGUUCCGCACCGCCAUCCUUCGCUCCGCCAGCGCUGCUGCGCGCGUCGCCCGCCCUGCCGCCAUGCGCGCCCCCGUCCUCCGCCAGACCGUCACCCCCCGCCUCGCCGUGGCGUGGAAGCCCAUGGGCAUCAGGAUGUACUCGGCCGGUGGUGCCCUGAGCAAGGAGGAGGUUGUAACGAGGAUCAGCACCCUGCUCGCCGGAUUCGACAAGGUCAACGACCCCAAGAACAUCAACGCGACGGCGCACUUCGCCAACGAUCUCGGCCUCGACAGCCUCGACACCGUUGAGGUUGUCAUGGCCAUCGAGGAGGAGUUCAGCAUUGAGAUCCCGGACAAGGACGCCGAUGGUAUCCACUCGGUCGAGAAGGCCGUCGAGUACAUCCUCAGCCAGCCCGAUGCCCAGUAA